AUGUGGCGUAGGACGUUGCGUGUACGCGCCUUUUCCACCUCAGCGCGGCAGUCGAAGCCGCCGACUGCCGUGGUCAUGAUGAACAUGGGCGGUCCCUCCACGCUGGACGAGGUCCAGCCGUUCCUCACUCGUUUGUUUCUGGACCGCGAUUUAAUGCGUUUGCCGUUGCAGUCCCAGCUGGGCCCCCUCAUUGCGAGACGACGUACGCCCAAGAUCCAGGCGCAGUACGAUAAGAUUGGCGGUGGCUCGCCGAUUCUCCCGUGGUCGCGCACGCAGGGCGAGGCGAUGGCUCGUAUGCUGGACGAGCUCUCGCCUGCGACGGCGCCGCACAAGUCGUACGUGGCUUUCCGAUACGCCUCGCCUCUCACGUCCGAGUGCAUGGACGAGCUUGCGGCGGAUGGUGUAAAGCGUGCUGUGGCGUUCUCGCAGUACCCGCAGUACUCCUGCAGCACGACGGGCAGCAGCUUGAAUGAGCUGUACCGUGAGAUCCAGCGGCGUCAAGCACGUGGCGCGCCGGAAGGGUCGAUUCAGUGGUCGGUCAUUGAUCGAUGGCCGACGCAGCCUGGCCUGGUACGUGCGUUUGCGAAUCGUGUACGCGAAGCUGCCGCGCAGCUCCCGCCCGAGGUCGCACGGGAAGCGCCGAUCAUGUUCAGUGCACACUCGCUUCCGAUGCAAGUUGUUUCCGGCCGUGGUGACCCAUACCCAGCCGAAGUCGCUGCGACGGUAGCAGCUGUCAUGCAGGAGCUUGGGUGGGCGAACCCCUACCGCCUCACAUGGCAGAGCCAAGUCGGCCCUUCGGCGUGGCUGGGGCCUCAGACGGUGGACACGCUCAAGGGCUGGGCGAAGCAGGGUUUCCAGCACGUGAUGGUCGUCCCAAUUGCCUUUACCAGUGAUCAUAUUGAGACACUGUAUGAAUUGGACGUGGAGCUGCAAGAGGAUGCGCAUGAGCUGGGCGUGCACCUUGUACGUGCGCCCUCGCUGAACGACGAGCCAGUGUUCUUGCGAGCGCUCGCUGAUACCGUGCAAGUGCAUUUGGCCUCGUCACCGGAAGGUACGGUGCCGUGGGCGCAGGGGGCAUGCAGUCGUCAAAUGCGCCUUCGAUGCCCAGGUUGCACGAAUGCCGACUGUCACGCGCAAAAAGCAUUCUUUGCGGCUGUGUAG